GGAGCUUCUUCGCUCCACUUCUGCUUGCCUCCUCCUCUGUGCAGCUCCCUGGCCUCCGCCCCACCCGCAGUCUCCCUGUGCUGCCCCGGGGCCGUCCCCCGGCUGAGGCCAGGUCCUGCAAGCACCGCCCCGGGAGGGCAGGGCAGAGCUGCGGGGGAGCGGCUCGGCCCGCACUGUGCCGCCGGGACCCGCCGCCGUCGGUGCCAGGAGAGCUUGCUGCCUGCCCAGGGAGGGGUCCACAUGUAUGCCAGUGGGCCUGCAGCCCUGUGAGGCAAGGACAGCUCAGGCCAGCAGCCAGCAGCAGCCAUGGCCCACUCCCGGGACAAUGGCUCACACUACGCCCUGACAGCCAUCGGGCUGGGCUUGCUGGUCCUUGGCAUCAUCAUGGCCGUCUGGAACCUGGUGCCUGGUUUUGGUCCCCCCGACAAACCCACUGCCCAGGCUGGCAACAGCAGCAAGCCUGACCGUGGCACUGGAGGUGUCCUGAAGAGCAAGACUUUUUCGGUGGCCUAUGUGCUGGUGGGAGCAGGAGUGCUGCUGCUGCUGCUCUCCAUCUGCCUCAACGUCCGCGACAAGAAGAGACAGAGCCAAGAGAUUGUCCACGUGCAGCGCCAGGUGUCUGUGGAGCCCUCGCAGCAGGAGGACAGCCAAGAGGAGGAGGACGAUGACACAUCUUCCCAGUACUAUGUCCCCAGCUAUGAGGAGGUGAUGAACACAGGCUACUCUGAGUCCAGGGACUCGGACAGGAGCAACAGGAUCAGCAUUUCCCUGCCCUCCUACGAGUCUCUGACAGGGCUGGAGGAGAGCAGCCAGAGCCCUGGCGGUGCGGGCGCAGAGCCCAGCCCAGACCGGCAGCCUGGACGGCACAGCUCCCGUCUCAGCAAGCACCUCAAGCCUCUGAAGGUGCGCAGGAUCAAGUCAGAGAAGCUGCACUUGAAGGACAUCAGGCUGAACAUCACCCAAGGGAACAGCACUGCUCCCAUCACCAUAGAGCCCUUGACCCCACCGCCCAAGUAUGAGGAGAUCCAGGACAAAGUGCCAGGGAGCCAGCAAAUGACUUAGGAAGAAGAGGGAUUCUGCAAUGCUGCUGGGCUUUUGGGGAGGGGGGGGGUUGGAAAGCAACCACGCUCAGAGGGGCUCGGUGUGUGGGGGUGAAAAAGCAGUCAGGGCUCCCUGGAAGCUGUGACAUGGAGGGCAUGAUGGGUCUGAAGCACCAUGGCAUGGGGCCAGGAUGAGCUUUUCCCAGUCUGGAGCUUUACAAAAGGCUGUGGGGAGAGAAACCUGAAUGCCAGUGAAUCUGCUGCUCUGAAGUCAGUGGAGGCUGGAGGUACCUAAAGGGUAAUUUGUGGCCUUUUCCAGAAGGACCAGCAAAGUAUCUUCUUGCCUUCCCCUCCUUGUGCCAGCAAGACUAUUCUGAACCGUCGAACGGAUGAUGAAGGAAUGGGAAAGAACAACAUUUCUCUUGUUUUGGUGCCUUUUCUUUAUGAGCAAGGGAAACUGUUGCCAGAGUAGCACUGCAGCUUUCACCCGCUCCCAUCCAGGGCUAGGAUGGUGGCCCAGGGCCAGCCCAAAUUCCUGCCAAGGUCUGUGCUUUGCUGGUGGGAAGUGGACUGAAGCAAGCCCUGUGCUCCUUGGGGAGAAGGAUGGAUUUCUUGCCUCAGCUUCAUGUUCCAGUACAAAGAGAUGAGCCACUUGAGGUAAGAGAAGUCCAAGGGGUUGGGAGCUGUGAGGACAUCACUGCCAGGAGGCGAAAUGACUGUGAGCUAGACCUGUUCUAAAUAAAUGUUUUGUACUCU